AUGCCGCCCGGACUUCGUGAGCGCCUCGCACGAGUCGGCAAAGAGGACAACAAGGACGGGACUGGACGUCCAAAGAGACAAUCACGAGUUCCCGAUCGAUUUGGCCAGGCCUCGGCAGCUUCGGGUGACCUGGAUAGCAGGGGUAAACGCGAUCGACUCGACGAACUCAAGGACAACACCUAUCAACCAAGCAGGCGUAACAACCGCGUCCCGUCCAAAGAUAUUUCAGGUUCUGAACGCCCUCGACCACGUACCCGCCGCCAGCGCCUUGCUGCAGCUCGGCAGACCCCUAAGACCACCAAUUCUCGAGAACCGAAAUCCACCGGCUCCACCUCCGAGUCCUCGUAUGAUGAAGCUCCUGCAGACGAGGUCCUGUCCUUUCUCAUGCAAAUCGAGCCUGGCACGCUACCCGCGGACUUCGACAUCCGCACGUUCCUCGCCGCUGCUCCGAAGAAGAAAGUCAAGAAGCACCCUUCACCGCCGCCCGACAUUGAGCCGAUGCUUCCUAACCUGUCGCAGCUCGCAAAAGAACCUGUUCCCACUGCCUUCCAAGAACCUCAUGACCAAAUCUGGAUGGCUGGUUUAGUCUGGCUCCAUCAUGUCUUGCAAGAAGGCAAGGCAGAGCGUAGAACUCCUCAGAGGCCCUUCGAGGAUGUCAAGAGGUGGUGUUUAUGCCCCAGAGGCGACGUGAAAGGAUGGUCGGGUUCAGUCCAGUGCGAGGAUCUAACAUGCUCAAUUACGUGGUAUCACUGGGAGUGCUUGACCGAGUUGGACCAGGUGCUUGCACAGAAGUACCAGACCUGGGCUUGUCUGCGUUGUCUGUUCCAGCGAGCACUCCAAUUCUUCACGCACUUCCUCGAGUCAUGGCUCAAUGGUGUCACAGGCCUAGAGCACACCGCCAUCACCAACCGGCUACAGAAGGUUGUGGACGAGAUCAACCUCACAGUGGAGUGUUGA